UCGUAUUGCCAACGGCUACAGCAUGACAUGUAUUUUCUUACAAGCAACAGCCGACUGAACGAGCAAGUGGUUGAUAAAAUUAUCCUUCAGCUUAACAGAGUCUACCCUCAAAUUCUUACUAAUGCAGAAGCAGAAAAGUUCAGGAAUCCAAAGGCAUCACUCCAUACCAGACUUUCAGAUCUGAUAAAGCACCUUCAAAAGAAAGGAGACAGACACUGUCAAGAAUUUUACAGGGCUCUACAGAUCAAUGCUGAACAGCUGUAUAAUGACCUGCCAAGCAGGAAAAUCUUGAAAUCCACAGAUUCCACAGGGAUAGACACUGACAAGGAGAAAUAUAUGCUAAAUGACAGGGGUCCAGUGUUUUUCAUCACUUGUUUUAGUGUUGCUGCAGGAUUUGCAUUACUUUGGUAUUGCUGUACCUCAGAUACGAAAGCUGUAGGAAGAGCCAGGAAGAUCUUGGGCUUUUCUCCCAUUAUCAUAGGAAGACAUGUUAGAAAUAUUUGUAUGUUGUAUUUGGAAGACAUAUCAAGAAAUUAAGGAAGAGCUGCUUCUUCGCUUUUCUGUACAGUAUACCUGCCAAUGGAAGACAACGGUGCAUGAAUAUUAGUGUACUAUUCUCUCAUACCAAAGAUUUUGUUAACUUGCUUCCUCAGUAACUGUGUUGCCUCAAGAUGUAUUCAGAAUUUCAGCUUUAUACGUUCUUCCUUAUGGGAACGGACCUUUUAUUUUUGUAAACGCUUGUUUUAAAAUUUAUCAUUUGGUUA